AGGUAACAAGGCUGUUCAAGCGUCUGCGUAUAGGAAACUAGUAAUGAGGCAAGAGGGAUGUGCAGAUCGUUCAGACGGCCUCGCUUACAUUACUACCGAAAAACAAUAUGAAAUAUGUGUUAUAGAAGGAUCUAGACCAUAUGUCGUUGAUGACACGAAAGAAAUGUCUGAUUUUGUUCAGAAUGCGAAGGCAGGAAAAGAUAUAAUAAAUUACACUGUUGUGUCUGAAGUUAAACUGAAGCGAGCUCCGCCUUUACAAUUUAAGGCCUAUAUGGUGCAGAGUAUUGGACUAAGUCUUAGGUUUUACUUUAUGGAUUAUUUAGGAAAAUAUCGGCUCUUCGAAAUCGAAACAUGCGAAAUUCCAACGGACCUGGAAGGCGUUGAUUUAUUUCCAUCUUUUUUUAAGGCAGUUGUGACUUGGGCUUUGAUGGUUUGGGACACUGAUCAAGAGUUCCGAACGGUUUGA